UUUAUUGUGAAAGGUGUGAUGGGCGGAAAUGUCGUUGUUGUUGUCUCUCACACACAGAGAGUUUGUGUGUGUUUAAAAGAGUGAUUUAAAAGAUGCUCCGCGCGCCACAAACACACAUUUAAACGUUUGUUUUCGUCCCGCGGAUGUUUAAGAGUUUGACUGAAGCGGACAAACAUGAGAGAGACGCCGCUGUCACGUGUGUUGUCUUCUGGAAACUGAUUGGUAGAGCGCAGCAGCGUCGGCUCCUCGUCUGAUAACUGCUGCAGACGGACUGCAGACGGAGUGAGACAGAGUGCAGACGGAGUGAGACAGAGUGCAGACGGACUGCAGACAGAGUGAGACAGACUGCAGACGGAGUGAGACAGACUGCAGACGGAGUGAGACAGAGUGCAGACGGACUGCAGACGGAGUGAGACAGAGUGAGGCAGACGGAGUGAGACAGAGUGCAGACAGAGUGCAGACGGACUGCAGACGGAGUGAGACAGACUGCAGGCGGAGUGCAGACAGACUGCAGACGGACUGCAGACAGAGUGAGACGGACUGCAGACAGAGUGCAGACGGAGUGAGACAGAGUGCAGACAGACUGCAGACAGAGUGAGACAGAGUGCAGACGGACUGCAGACAGAGUGAGACAGAUUGCAGACAGAGAGCAGACGGACUGCAGACGGAGUGAGACAGAGUGCAGACAGAGUGAGGCAGACGGAGUGAGACGGAGUGCAGACGGACUGCAGACGGAGUGAGACAGACUGCAGGCGGAGUGCAGACAGACUGCAGACAGAGUGAGACAGAGUGCAGACGGACUGCAGACAGUGUGAGACAGACUGCAGACAGAGAGCAGACGGACUGCAGACAGAGUGAGACAGACUGCAGACAGAGUGAGACAGAGUGAGACAGACUGCAGACAGAGUGCAGACGGACUGCAGACAGAGUGAGACAGACUGCAGACAGAGUGCAGGCAGUGCAGCUGUACAACGACAGGUGCAGCUUCGACAUGACUAAGAGAAGCCCGUCUUAUCAGCUUGUCAAAAGCGGUUAGGUACAGAUGAACAUUCCCAUUCCGACAUGUGACAGGAUGCUGAACCAUCACUGCAGAAGGAACCCUGAGCUUCACGAUGAGCUGCAGAUCCAGGCUGCGGUGGCAGCCGGAGACGUGUGCACGGUCAGGAGAAUGCUGGAGCAGGGAUAUUCGCCCAAAGUCCGCGACGCCAACGGCUGGACGCUGCUCCACUUCUCUGCCGCCAAAGGAAAAGAGAGAUGUGUGCGAGUCUUUCUGGAACACGGAGCUGACCCCACAGUGAAGGACUUCAUCGGCGGCUUCACAGCUCUUCACUACGCCGCCAUGCACGGCAGAGCACGCAUCGCCCGCCUCAUGCUGGAGUCCGAGUUUCGCAGCGACAUCAUAAACGCUAAAAGCAACGACGGCUGGACGCCGCUGCACGUGGCUGCACACUACGGCCGCGACACCUUCGUACGCCUCCUCCUCGAGUUCAGGGCCGAGGUGGACCCACUGAGCGACAAGGGCACCACGCCGCUGCAGCUGGCCAUCAUCCGCGAGCGCUCCAGCUGCGUGCGGAUCCUCCUGGACCACAGUGCCAACAUCGACAUUCAGAACGGCUUCCUGCUGCGCUACGCCGUCAUCAAAGGGAACCACUCGUACUGCCGCAUGUUCCUGCAGAGGGGGGCGGACACCAACCUGGGCCGUCUGGAGGACGGUCAGACGCCGCUGCAUCUGUCCGCUCUCAGAGACGAUGUUCUGUGCGCACAGAUGCUCUACACGUACGGAGCCGACACCAACUCCAGAAACUACGAGGGACAAACGCCUGUGGACAUUUCUGCUGGCAUGUCAGGACUCAGCCGACCCUGUCUGGACUUCCUCCAGGAGGUCACCAGACACCCUCGGACUCUGCAGGACUUGUGUCGGAUAAAGACCCGUCAGUGCAUCGGCCUCCAGAGUCUGAAGCUGCUGGACGAUCUGCCCGUCGCUAAAGUCAUGAAAGACUAUUUAAAACACAAGUUUGACAACGUGUGAAGAGGGAGACUUUGUAGCGCCCCCUGCUGUCAGGAAUGAAGACUAUGCAAUCAUCAGGUCUGUAGUCAAACGCUGAGCGACGGUCUGUCCGCGUCUCUUUGUCCAGUUUAACGUCUUCACUGGUCCAGUUUGCUGCCGAAGGAGAAUCAACUGUCGUCUAAUCUGGUUUCAUUUAAUCUGGUUCAUCUUCACUGCUGAAGAUAAAAUGACGUGGAAACUGAGAAACUUCACAGAAGUCAUCGCAGCGCCCCCUGCUGCUGAGAGCCAGCCUCAGACUCUCUGAGUCACACGAUCACGUCGAUCGUGUGACUCAGAGAUGGUAGAGAUUUUAUUACACGUCAAGUCUUUAGUGAAAGUGGAAACAGUCAGCGCUCAAUGACUUUUACAUUAGCAGCAGAUUUCAGAUCAGAUUUCAGGCUGAAAUGAUGCGAGAUCAUCAGAAUGUUCUUCCUGCUGCUGAUUGGUCGGGUCCAGACAUCAACAGGAAGCUCGGUGUGAAUGAGUGAGUUUUAUUAAAGCGCUCACUGAUUAAAUCACACGAUAGUUUUUAUUCUCGAGGCUGAAACUUUCACUCGUUCAUCGAUCCCGUCGUGUUUGUCGUUUUUAAAGCACAUGUCGUCAUGAACAUUUGAAGUGAGUGAAUUCAUGCUCGCUCGCUCGCUCACUCACUCACACACUGUGUUUUUUUUAAUCUCUGAGUAACUGUGUGUGUGUGUGUGUGUGUGUUGUCUGAAACACACACACACAGUCAGUGUAAAUAUGUACAACAGAUAUUUUUGUAGAUUUAUUUAAGCCUUGAUCUCUGCUCUUCUUAACGUAUUUAAAGUUUGGAUAUAAUAUAAGGAUCUGUUUGUUGUGACUUUAUUGUUGUUGUUUUUGUUUGUGCGGUGAGUUCAAAGACUUCACAGCUGACUCAGCUGAACAUUCUGACAAUUAAAAAUAGACAUUUAAAUCCUGUUUUACUUUGUCUUCUAAUUACAAAUAUUCACGUGCGUUAAAGCCUUAAACCAGAUUAUUUUCACCCUCACUGUUUACAUUAAAUAUGAAUUUGAAUAAGACGAUCAACAAAAUGAAUUAUGGGAGAAAAGUAAAAACUAACAUUUUAAGCCGUUUGUUUUUAAUCUUCAUUUCUUUCAGACCUGAUCAUUUAAAUUUUUCAUUUGAACUCUUUAAAUGUUUCCUUUUUCAAACGCAGUUGCACAACGUUGUACGUUAAAUAUGCAGGAUUUUCCAUGUGCUACAUGAUUUACUCUGGAGGAAAAACACAGAUUAUUAACCCGAGUCUUUUACUCCCUCUCAGCACCUUAAGGCCAAAAAUGUCCCGUUCAUAUUAACUGUGAAUUAAUGAGGUUUUUGUUUGUUUUUUUUAACCUUGAAUUAAUCUUUACAUCAGUCCUGAUUAUUAUAACAAUGUAAGUUACUGGAAGUAAACAUGCUUCCACUGGACAACAACACUGCCACCUGCUGGAUUACUGCGGAAAUGACAUAUACCAAACAGGGAAAAUGGGUCAAAAUGAAAAAAAAUAAAUCAUUUUAUGUUGCAAUGACAGGUUUUCAAUGAUGACAAUUAAUGUACAUCAGAGGAAGAACUGAAGUAUUUUUUAAGACAAUGUUUGAAGUCACUAUUUAAAAAAAAUCUCUACUCUGAAGUUGUAUGAGGGUGUUUUCAGUUCAUGUUUCCUUUGACCUUUGACCUUCAGGUCGAGGAAAGUGAAAGUGUGAAGAUCGUCUUCUCCAAACAAACGUCUGCGUCUCUUUGUUACGUUGUCAGGGUUAUGAAUGCUGAGUCAUUUGAACGUCACUUUUACUUUGAGUCUGGUUCAUUUAAAAAAUCUCUGUGUGUGUGUCUGUGCACCUGUGUGCGUGUGUGAGGGAAUUUGUGUACAUGCGUGUGUGUGUGUGUUUUAUAGUGUGUGUGUGUGUCAGUCGGUUCCUCAGCAGACAUUGGUCGUCAGGGAAACACGUCACACAUGGUCUCAUGUGCCCAAUCACACGAGUCUUCCUCACCGCUAACUACUGAAUGUACAGAAUAUGCAGAUUUUCAAACGUGUAAAUAAACUGAAGUUAAUGUUU